AUGGCUGAUGCCGCAAUCAAGUCCCGUGAUUCCCACGCUAGAAUUAUUAAAUGGAUUGAAGAAGUUCAAGGUCAUGACCAACGAAGCAAUACUAGCGACAACUUUCACGGCAUUGCAAUGGAGUACAGACACACCUACGAAGCAUUAUUGCAACAUUACGGGAAUCGCUUGCCUUUUCCAGGCUCGAGCCCUAAGCACAAGGAAAAUGCAAUGAAACGGCAACCAGAUAAAUAA